UUCGUUAUUUUAAAUUAUCAUAACCGUUUUAAGUGUGUACAUAAUAAAUUUUAUAUAUAUUGCAAAAUAGUUAUAUACAAUCGAUUUGCAACCCUAUCUGUUACAUGAUAGUGUGAGUGCAUAGCUGUGAAUCUUCGCGGUCGCGGCGUUUAAAAACAUUUAAAGUUAAAUUAAGUGGAAUAUGAAUUUUGAAGAACAGAUGCAAGGAUUUCGCGAGUGGGCUAUUAGCGUAGGCUGUCCGCCCGCCGCCCUACCCAAUGAGGACGCGCUUAAAUCCAUAUUUAAAUCGCGUCAAAAUCAGCUAUUUGUGCAAAUGCAGUCCCGCAUUCAACCGCGCCAGCGUGUCCAAGAGAUGCGCGAGAAUUUGCUGAUUGCGCAGGUGGCACAGCACAAAGGAAAAGUGGUGCCAGCCUGUGGACGUAGUUUUCUGCCACGCCAACUGCAAGUGCAUCUGAAAAUGCAGGAUUUGCUGAAGGAGAAAGAAAAGGAGAAGCUGUGCCUCGCAGAAGCUAAAAAGGAGUAUGAAAGCUUGGCUGCCUCUAUUAAAACUAAGAAUAUUCAAACAAUUAGCGCAACACACAAACAGCAGCUGCAUCAAUCCAAAUAUUAUUUACUUCAACUCAAAUUGGAAUCUCUAAACAAAACUUAUGAACAGGAACUCUUGAACAAAGAACAAAUUCUAUCCACAAUGCCGGUUAAACUAAAUCAGAAGAAUGCCAGCGAAAAGGUAGCAUCAAAGGCCGUGGAGCAGGCUCUCAAGGAACUGGAACAGUUCUAUAGAAUCUGCAAUACAGAAGGCAACAAUGGCCAGCAACUGGCAGAAGCUAAGUAUCAUCUCUGGUCAAAGAUGCGACAAACUUUUGCAAAUAUACCAAAUGUUCUGCUCUUCAACGCGAUCAUGCGCAUUAAGGAGGAGCAGCUGCAGCAAGUGAUGCAACUGAACAAGAGCAGCCAAAACAUUGAAACCAUUAGCUCUCUGUCCAAGCCAAUGCUGAAUAGCUUUGAUAUUAAGUUGUUAAAAACAAAAGCCGAGCUGAUGGGGCUGGUGGCCAAGUAUCUGACAGCACUAAAUGAAGUUGCGCAGCUGGAGGAGCGUUUCGCCGCCGCCUAUAGCACAUUUAUGGACGAGCUGCAGAGGAAGGUGAAUAAUUUCAAUGGCAUCGGCAGCGAUGAGCAAGAUGAGAGCAGCGAGGAGAUCAUCUCUGAAUUUAUACUUCAGUACAAUCUCCGAAAUUUCAAUCAUGCACGCAACGAGUAUCUCAGCGAACAGAUUGAACAGCUGCGCGCGGAGUUAGAAUCGGGCGUACGUCAAUUGGAAAGCCACGAGCUGCUGCUCUGUUCCAUUAAGCAAAUCUAUGGUGAAAUCAGUACCUCAAUCAAUGGCAUACGUCACGAUAUGAUGCAGCUAUCACAGAUUAAAGAGAAAAUCCUGUACUCCAAGAAUAUAUUGAAGAAUAUGCUGGAUGACAUGCAGGCUACGACACAUCAACAAAAUGCCAAAUCUCAGUUGUUUAGCAGCAAACUCAAAGUGGGCAACAUGUCGUACCUGGGCAUGGAGAGCUUCAGUCUGGCCAACGAUAGCGUCUUCUCCAGCACAAAACUAGAGUUCGAUGCGAGUCCAAUGGAGUCAAAGUUUUGUCGCAGCUUUGAUAAUACAACAAUUAUGCCAGGCAAUUGUACAUCGACUCCCAUGUUGCCGCCUCCCAGCAGCUCUCCCUCCACGUUGCCCUCUCACCUACUGGAGCUGAAUACCUUUGCUGAAAUGCCACUGGAGAAACUUAGCUGUGUGCCACGCAACUGCGCCUUUUUGCUUUCGGCCAAUCCGCUCAUCGUGGAAACACAGGAGUUGGCCUCCACCAUGCAAUUGGCUCCUGGUCAUUUGCUAACCCCCAUUGGGGCUGUGCAGGAAGUACAUAAACGCAUUUUGUGGGCGUCAGCACUUGCUGCACACACAUCCGAUUUGAAAUUGAAUUUGAAGACGAUAAUUGUUGAUCCACACGAUUUAAAACUGAAGGCACGCCGCCAACAUGAGGAAAUUGUUCAGCUACUCGAUACUAUCGAAUCACUGGGCACUAAGACACAGCAUCAGCUGCACAGGAUCAAGCGCAUCUAUCGCUUCAUAGUAGAGAAUCCAAUGCGUCUAUAUGUGCCGCCCGGCAACUGCUACCAGAAUGCCAACUUUACGGCCUACGAAUCCGAAUUCAAUCUAUAUUAUCGCAUGGCCACAGCGGGCGGCUCGAUUAAGCCUUAAUUAUAAGAAAUUUUUAUAGUAACAGUAUUUAAAUAAAC